UUUCCGAAGAUGACGUCAUAUCAGAGUAGGAUAAAAGGAAUGUCGUCGCUUUGCGUCUGUCGUCAGAUUGACAUUUUCGGUCAAAUUGAAUCAUCCUAAAGCCAAUGAAAAGAUGCCAAACCCUGUAGUUUUCUUUGACAUCACCAUUGCUGACGUCAGCGCGGGCAAAAUCACAAUGGAGCUUUUUGCAGACGUAGUUCCAAAAACUGCAGAGAACUUCAGGGCACUAUGCACCGGUGAGAAAGGUUUUGGCUACAAGAAUUCCAUCUUUCACCGCAUCAUUCCCGAAUUCAUGUGCCAGGGCGGCGACUUCACCAACCACAACGGGACCGGAGGGAAGUCCAUCUAUGGCAAGUCCUUUCAUGACGAGAACUUCAAGCUGAAGCAUGCCGGCUUUGGGACGCUUUCCAUGGCCAACGCCGGAGCCGACACCAACGGCUCUCAGUUCUUCCUCUGCACGGAGAAAACUAGCUGGCUGGACGGCAAGCACGUGGUGUUCGGGAAGCUUCUGGAAGGCACCGACGUGCUGAAGGCGAUGGAAAAUCAAGGCACCAAAAACGGGACCCCGAAAACCAAGGUUGCCAUCGCAGACUGCGGCCAGCUCAAGUAGCUCCAGAGCGCCCCCUGAAGCUCACUCUCGUGCUUCCAAGAUAUUUCUUGAAGCCUCACGAUAUAGGAACAUGGUUAUUAAAAAAAGUUUUUUACUCCACUCCCUAUUUUGACACCGUUCUAAUUUCUACAUACUCCACACAUCCACGACAUUAUUUUUCCUCACUUCGCUAUGCUUUCAUCUUUUCCCCGCCACCAUUAAACAUGACUAUUUUCCCCA